AAUCCGCCCACGCGCGGGGGCGGGGCGGGGCGCGAGUCUGCGGGCGGUCCUGGGCGGAUCCGCGGCGCGGUCGGUCGGCGCUUGUUCUUCGGUGCGACCGCGAUUGACAAAACUUCACUAAAGAUGUCUAAGCAACAACCAACUCAGUUUAUAAAUCCAGAAACUCCUGGCUAUGUUGGAUUUGCAAAUCUUCCCAAUCAAGUUCAUCGAAAAUCAGUGAAAAAAGGUUUUGAAUUCACGCUAAUGGUGGUUGGUGAAUCGGGUCUCGGAAAAUCAACUCUCAUAAAUAGCCUCUUCCUGACUGACCUCUACCCAGAAAGAGUCAUACCUGGAGCCGCAGAGAAAAUUGAAAGAACUGUCCAAAUUGAGGCAUCAACUGUUGAGAUUGAAGAGCGAGGGGUCAAGCUGCGGCUGACCGUGGUGGACACACCAGGCUACGGGGACGCCAUCAACUGCAGGGAUUGCUUUAAGACAAUCAUCUCCUACAUCGAUGAGCAGUUUGAACGGUACCUGCAUGAUGAGAGCGGUCUGAACAGACGGCACAUCAUCGAUAACAGGGUGCACUGUUGCUUUUACUUUAUUUCCCCCUUCGGACACGGACUUAAGCCCUUGGAUGUUGCGUUUAUGAAGGCGAUACACAACAAGGUGAACAUUGUGCCUGUCAUCGCGAAAGCCGACACGCUCACGCUGAAGGAGCGGGAGCGCCUGAAGAAGAGGAUUCUGGAUGAAAUUGAAGAACAUAACAUCAAAAUCUAUCACUUACCUGAUGCAGAGUCAGAUGAAGAUGAAGAUUUUAAGGAGCAGACUAGACUUCUCAAGGCCAGUAUCCCAUUCUCUGUGGUUGGAUCCAAUCAGCUGAUUGAAGCCAAAGGCAAGAAAGUCAGAGGCCGCCUCUACCCGUGGGGCGUAGUGGAGGUGGAGAACCCAGAGCACAACGACUUCCUGAAACUGAGGACGAUGCUCAUCACUCACAUGCAGGAUCUCCAAGAGGUGACCCAGGACCUUCACUAUGAAAACUUCCGAUCCGAGAGACUCAAAAGAGGCGGCAGAAAAGUGGAAAAUGAGGACAUGAAUAAAGACCAGAUCUUGCUGGAAAAGGAAGCUGAACUCCGCCGUAUGCAGGAGAUGAUUGCCCGGAUGCAGGCGCAGAUGCAGCUGCAGAUGCAGGGUGGGGAUGGCGACAGCGCGGUCCACGGGCACCACGUGUGAGGUAACGACCAGGCCUGGAGAGCAGAAAACACUUUGCAAGAUAACAUUCUGACAAGUAACACAGCUGCGUGUUUUCAAGACUGUUGGAGGGGUGCCUAUCCACAUUUUACAGUACCUGUGCCUGAGAAUUUAAUUUUUUAAAAACUUUUGAUGUGUUAUUUUGUAUGAAGUACUUUAACAUUUAUAUUUCAUUAUGUUAUACUUUACAUUUUGUGAGGUUAACUUUCCAUUUCCAUUUUUUGUCCACCUUAACUGACCACUAAUGUUAGAAUUGAUUCCCAGGGACCAGUCAGCAUGUAUAGUUAAUAGUUGAAUUUGAUUUGGCUGGCCUAACCGACUAAUCAUGAUUUAUUUCUAGAACAUUCAGAUUUCCCAGAAUGUUCCUGAGUAGCAGAGACAUGGACCUAGUGACACAGAAAGAUGAGAGCUGCCCUGGUACAAGGCCAUUUCUCACCAAGUCAUGGCACCUGGUUAGCUGUCUUGCUUUGUUUGAGCACAACACCUAAAACCAGUUCUGCUGCUAUAACUCAAUAUACUGUUGGUCCAUCUGCACAUUUAUCUGUUUACCAAACGAAACAGAAUUACCCAGUGAGAUACAUGUUUAUACUUAAAUAGCUUUUUUAAAAACAGGCUUUUAGGGGUGAAUUUUUUAACAAGUGUUUGGAUUCUUGGGUCUAUGCAGAGAACUCGCCACAAGCCACUUUCUGUAGAGUUUGCCGUGAAAAAUCAAAGUAUACAUGAGCUGCAGUUUUCAUGUUGCAACUAAGAUUCUUACCUACACAAUGAGAGUCAAUAAACUAUUUUUAUUCGACUAAAUUAAAAAAUAACUUUUUAAGGAAAAUUAACAGUUGGUCUGUGCAGAAACCAGCCUUUUUGUAUUUUUAUACUGCACUUUAAUGUGUUUUCUCUAACUGCAGGUAUAGGAGACGUGCCUCAGCAGCGAAAAUAAGGGUCCUCGGGUGGGUAGCCCCGAGGCCUCAGCCCCGUGGGGCCCAAAAUGCCUGCCAGGUUUUCCUGAUUUGGCGUCCCUUUAACUGAUGCUUUCCUGAAUGGUUUUCAGGCAAAUAGCAGUAAUCUUUUUGUGUGUGCAGGCUGUCUAGUCCUUUUUCAGCCACUGUCAUUUCCUUCCAUGUAUCGUGUGAGAAUGAAGACUAUUUCAGGUCUGCACCGUGGGCUGGCUGACGGGUGCCGCCAUUUGAAGCCGCAUCUGGUUGGUUUCCUAUGCCCUGUGGCCUUGGCCCUUCCCUGUCCUUGUAGCUGGUCUCCUUGUCGUGCACUCAAAGGGGCGCUGAUGCUCUUGGGGUUGGCUUUUAUCCAGCAUUGCUGCUGACGUGGGGAAAUUGGUCUCCAAAAAGUGACAGAUGAAAGAAGAUCUGGAGGGAGCAGGUGCUGGUUCAGUUUUCUCAUUUUGCUAGAACAAGAGGGGUUAAAAUGGAGAAAAUGCUUAUUACUCCAAGGACGAGGAGGGGGUUUUGUAUUCAACAGACAGAAAAGAAAAUGAGAUGGUUGAAAUAUAUUAGUUACAAAGGUGUACUACAGAAAAUCACUGGGUGUUCUCCUGACUUUGCCCUUUCACUGUUGGGUAAUUGCAAAUGGUCAAGAGCUAUAGGUUUAGGCACAUUGUGCAGUUUUUACCAAGAAAAAGUGUUCCAUGACCUUAGGGCCCCUCCAUGCAAGGCUAGUUAUUUGAGUUAUUAUGUCAUUUAUUAACUAUGCUAGUAAAAGCUGUUUUUAAAAAGGGGUGGGGUGUGGCAGCACUUGAAAAGUAGUAGGUGUAAGCUCUAUAUAGUAAAACUACUACUUAGUGCUAGCUGCCACCUAAUGGUUAUGGGGGUGUGGGUGGACCUACACUGUAAGACUUUUAAAUUCCCUUUUGUUUUGCUGCCCAAAUCUAAAUACUUUUGCUAAUAGAUAAUUGCCCUUUUACUAAGAUAUACGCUUUACCUAUAAAAAUGUAUUUUGAAAACUUAUUUUACACAGCAAUUUUGUAUCCAUUGAAACUAACCUUUUACCAAUAAAGCACUAUUGUUUAGAUAUUAA